UCUAUUAAUUAUUUUGCUCAUCAUCACAGAUAAAAAUCACACAGCGAUUGAAACAAAGCGACGGCCCUAAUUAUUAUUAUCUCUGUUAAUAGAACAAUAAUGUGUGUCAUGUUAGGUCGCAGGUCGCGUAAUCUACACAUUGGCGUUGACCGCCUCACGGGAGCGUACCGCGCAGACCAACGGCCGCGCUUGAUCUGACCCAUUCGAAAAUCUGAUAUUUAUUCAAAAUUCGAAUUCGGUAUUCUAUUUGACGUUCAUUUUUUAUUCUUAAAAAGUUUUGUUACGAAGGUUUUAUUUAUUUUGUGUGGAUGUGGAACUUUUUGGCGCGUAAUAAGCAGGUGGGAGCGAUGUUGGGGUUGCUGUCCAUCGCAGCGGUGGUCACCAUCGUGCUGACCACCAGGGGUGGCAGCAAUGCUGCUGAGGAUAUCGGGUCGUCGGAGACUGAGGACAUCAGUCCCGCAAGUCAUGUUUUUUCGACCUAUACUCUCCCAUCCAAUGACAAAUACAUGCCUUCCAUCGGGAACGGCCACAUAGCCACAAAUAUCUUCAGCGAUACAGUCUACAUGAAUGGCUUAUACAAUGGCCAAGCUGGCUACAGCCAUCGGGCUAGAAUUCCCGCUUGGGCCAACAUCAGGCUAAACUCGACCUUGACCCAUCAUCCUUAUAGUCCGGUAUAUAGUCUGGAUACAAGAGAAGGAGUCUUCAAAGUCAGGGUGGAUAGAGAGAGAUCAGUGGUGACGCAAAGGAUAUACGCACAUAGAUUCUAUACGAGGGCUAUCGUGAAUCAGAUUAAAGUGGAAGCUAAGACACAUUAUGAUCCCAAUUUCGUCAACCAAGAAAUCUGGAUAGCUAUAAAACUAAUGCCAGGUCCAGAUAGCAAAGACAUUGCCUUCCAAGAAUCAAUACCACAAAUACUUAACGGUAGAACAAUUUGGAGUGCCUGCGGCCUGACGAAGGAAUCUGAGGAUCUGACUUACCAACCGCUACCAAUAGAAGUUUGUACUUAUUGGACAUCAGUUCCUGACCAUCUGGUGGUGCCUCAGCAUGGCUCCAGGGUGUUCACAUUCGUGAUGACGGCGGACAAGAAUAAAACUGUUGCAAGAGAGGAGCUAAUCAAAGUAUUGCAGGAGGACGGCGAGGUGUUGUUCCAGAAGCAUGUGGAACACUGGGAGCAGCUGUACCAGCAGGGCGGCAUGGAUAUCGAAGGGAACUUAGAGCUGGCUAAGAUCGUGAACGGCAUUUGGUACUACUUCCUGAGCUCGCUGCCCUCCGAGGAGUCAUUUCAUCCGCUCGACCGGUUCUUCGGACUCAGUCCUACUGGACUAGCCAGAGGCGGCACUUUUGAGGAUUAUGAAGGUCACAAUUUCUGGGAUACGGAAACAUGGAUGUUUCCCUCGAUCUUGCUGCUAUAUCCUCAAUUCGCCAACAAACUUCUUCAAUAUAGACUGGACACGGCUUAUGUGGCUGCAGAACUGGCCAAAAUUACUGGCAAUAAAGGAUACAGGUUUCCAUGGGAGAGUGCAUACACGGGCGUGGAGGUGACCCAGCCUUGCUGUCCCGACGUGGCUAUCUUCGAGCAGCACAUCAGUGGCUGCAUCUCUUUCGCCAUCCGCCAGUACCUUGCUACUACUAGAGACGAGGAAUGGUUGAAGCAUGGCGGUUGUGAUAUUGUAACAAAUAUUGCAGACUUCUGGGCGUCUCGCGCUGUUAUCGACUACAAUACCGGCCUUUACGAUAUAUCAAAUGUAAUGGGGCCUGAUGAAGAUCACAGGAAUGUAAACAACUCGGUAUUCACUAAUGUCGUCGCUGGAUACUCCAUGUAUUUGGCACAAUACGUAUCCUGUCUCUGCAAAGACUACUAUAUGGCAAAGGACCCGGACCAUUGGGCAGAUAUAGCAUGGAGUCUAGCCCUGCCUUACGACCAGGAGUUGGAUUAUCACCCGCAGUUCACCGGGUACAAACGAGGAGAGCCAAUUAAACAGGCUGAUGCAAUACUGCUAGGUUUUCCUUUGCAGUAUGCUAUGAAUCACUCCACUCGGCUGAACGACCUGAUGUAUUACGAAUCAGUGACGCGGGAGAAUGGGCCAGCCAUGACGUGGAGUAUGCACACUAUCGGCCAUCUGCAAGUAGACGACGAGAAGAAAGCUGAAGCCAUGUUCAAUAUGAGCUAUAAGGGAUUUGUGAGAGAACCUUUUAAGGUGUGGUGCGAGCUCCGUCGUCCAUUGUCAGGCGCGGUGAAUUUCUUCACAGGGAUGGGAGGGUUCCUGCAGACCCUCAUGUUCGGAUAUGCAGGCGUCAGUAUACACUUAGACAGGCUUGAAAUCAACAAGCCUCGAUUGCCGCCUAAUGCGACCAAGUUUACGAUCCGAGGUAUCAAGUACCUCGGCGCGAAUCUCACACUAGAAAUCUCAGCGAACAGUACAAAACUUAGCGUGACCUCCUUGGACGAUAAUUGGAGAUUAGUACUGAACGAUGGCAAAUACAACAUCACAUUAGCACCCGGUAUCACAGUGAUACUCCCCGGAUCCGGUCCAUUCACGGUACGAUCAGAGCCGUGGAAAGACUGCAAGCUGCCCACAGAUAUCAUCGGACAGAACUAUUUAAGGCCUAUUGGGACAUAGUCUUGUCAGAGAAGUCUAAUUCUAAGGAUCUCUUAAUGUAUAUGGAAAAUUGUUACGACAACAUUAUUUUAGAAUUAUAUUAAAGUAUUGAAAUCAUAA